UUGCGGCUCGGGAAAGGUAAAUUGCGAUUGUUAGCAGGCGCUCGGUUAGCAAGUGUGAGGAAACCACCGGGAAUGGAUGCCGAAACGUCUGACUGGAGCCGACCACAAGUUGUUGGAAUUGACUUUUUCAUGUGGCGUUACGAGCUUUGAUGUCGACUUGUAAAGUCUGGCUUGAUUUUGUGAUGAGGGCACGCGUGGCUUUGUCUUUGGCUUUGAUAUUUGAUUUUGAUUAACGUGUGACAGCAAUGCUGGGGAUUGCUGCGUUCAUGGGCCUCCUGAUGCUGCUGGAAUUCGCGACGUCAGCCCAGCCUGCUGCAGUGCCUCCGCCCACCAACUUGACAGUAUCGUGCCACAAUACCGCGCCCUCUGCACACUGGCGCUUCGACGAGGACAACGAGGUCCACUUCCUGGUCAAUGUGGGCAGCUCAGACCGGCGCCACCUGCAGGACGUGACGGCGCAGCGCAGCUACCGCAACCUGAGCGCUUUGGUGUGGGAGUCACUGGAGAGCGUCAUGGACGUGCACUACGUCAGCGUGGCGGCUGUGACGCGCGACGGACGUUUGUCCAACAUCGCCUCCACCACCUUUACGUACAAUAUCGUCAAGAUGGCCAACGUCAUGUGCAAGCUGGACUUUCCUCCAGCAGACGUGACAGCGAACGAGGGCAGCGUCACUGUCAGCUUCCGCAAUCCGCUGCGCUACUACCCGCAACUGCGCCGCGCCACCACAUGGGACCAAGUCUUUGUGGACAUCACCGCUACGUCUGAUGGCGGAGUCGUGCUGGGUUCCUGCCGUCCGGAUGAGAAUGUUUGCAAGAUGGAUGUGGUGUUCCCGGCUGGUUUCGCCGAGUGCGUCACGCUGACGGGAAGCUUGCGCGACUUCGUGGAACGCACCGUCGUCUUCAGGGAGUCGCCGCGCAUCUGCGUGGAAACGUCGUCCGCACACGUCCUCAUGCUGGGCCUCCAGCUGGGCAUCGCGGCGGCUGUCUUGCUCGUUUGUGUGGCUGUCGUCAUCUGGAAGGUGAGGGCAUGGAGCGUGAAGGCCACCAAGGCACAUCUCCCCGAGUGUCUUUUUCUUAAGGCCGACUUUGCUGCACACUCGGCCGACGUCAAGAGCGGCGGCGGCGGCAAGAAGGGCGCCAGCUGCUGCGCGGUAAACGCCGAAGCCGGCCGGGACGUGCAAAGAUUCCGGCUCAUCUACCAGGGAGACGACGACUUUUCGGGCGUUGCCACGGUGAUGGAAAGCCUUCCCGUCCAUCAAGAGGAGGAAGUGGAAGAGGAAGGACAGGGAGCGGAAGAGGAAGGGCAAGGAUGGCAUGUUGAUGAGGACUUUGUGUCCAAUUAUGACUGUCAACAUGUGAACAUGCCAGUGUAUUUUGGUGGUGGCGAAAGCGUUUGGGGUUACACAGCAAGGUAACAAAAAAAGAAGGAACGACAGACGAACUUUUAUGCUAAAUGGCCACAUUUGAUUUUUCAAGCAGACACAUGGGGCAGCACAUUUAUUUAUAUAGAGUUUUUAAAACAAAUAUGGUUUACCGUUGAUUUACAAGUGCCCCAUUUGUUGAGUUUUGGGGAUUAUGGGCCACCUCAUGGACAUUUAAAAAAAAAAAAAUGUUUUUUAAUUUCUCGGGGGGACCUGCAGAUACGCCACCACUCGAUUCAGUGACGGACCAACCUUUCAACGCUCACUAGGCGACACCCCUUAAAAUGGCACACGGACUACAGUACUGAUUAGUAAUCACACUUUUGAUUUCUUUUGUUUUUAUACAAUUCAGUGCUGUUUAUCUUUACUAAAGACAUAUAACCCCCAAAAUAGAGUGGCGUAAGUUUAUUGGCAUUUCAAAUCAUUGCAUUGGGAAAACAUAAUGUAAUAUACAAGUAAAAGUGAGUUACAAGCUUGAUCAUGGGCUGAAUUCAAUUUAAAUCUAAGAACCAUUGUUUUGAAAUUCUUUGUAAUUUCAUAGUUUGUGUGAAAUGGUUAAUUUAAAUAAAAUCAUGCUUAGCGUUAGUCCUGUCUGCCAGGCUGUUCCCGGGUGGGCCCCUAGGCACGCCCCUCCCCUUCUCAGCUGAGUGGGGUACUCUGCCCCUGUUGUGCUGGCACGGCAAUUCCUACACACUUCUAACAUUUAUUGUGCAUGCGAGACUGUUGUCAAUUUACUUACGUGUCGGCAGACACACACACACCACUGGGACCACUCCCAAAUUGCUCUAAACAUCUCUUGUGAACUUGCUAACUUCUUGAGAUGUUUUUACAUAGCCGGUCCACUACCCUUGUCCAGCUCUCGUCUCGUCCCGUCCUGGCCUACAUCGUCCUGUUCUUCCCUCACAGGUUGGAGCGCUACUUUCCCAUGCAGUGCUCAAAUCGAAUGUGACACUGUCGUAUGCAUAAAAUGUGUUUUUCUUACA